AUGGAAACUCAACGUUUGUCAAGCAAUGUUCUUCCUCAUGAAAAAAGCAUUUUAAAAUCAAUAUUUUAUCCACAAUUUGAGUCAUCAUUAAUAGAAAAAAAAUAUCAAUUAAAUUAUUUAACAAAUAUUUAUCCAUCAAAUCAUCGUUUAUUAGUGAUUAUAUUAAUAAGUCAUUCUUUACUUAAUAUUUUUGAAAUAUUUUUUUUAAAAUUUGAAAGAAAUGCUUCAAAAAUAAUAUGUUUAUCAUUAUUAUGUUCAAUAAUAUGUUUAAAUAUUUUUUCAUUAUUAAUAAUAAAUAGUAUACGAAAUCGUAUAAUAUCAAAUAUAAUAUCAUUAAUAUGUCUAUGUCCAUUGAUAAUAUUAGCUUGUUUAAAUCCAAUGGAAUGUCAUAUUUAUUUUUUAAUUAUAUUAAUAUAUACAUUAUCAAAUUUAAAUUUUUUUUUAUCAAUAUUACUAUCAAUUCUAAUAACAGUAUUAACAUUAAAAUUAAAAAUGCGUUUAUUAUUAUUAUUAAUAAUAAAUAUAAUUGGAAUUUAUUUAAAUCGUUUAUUAGACAUAACAAUGCGUUCAGCAUAUAAUCAGUUAUAUGCAAUUGUUCGUAAUUCAUUAUUAAGUGAACAUACAUUAAUAUCAAAAAUGAUUGAUUCAUUAAUGCCGAGAAAAUAUGCUAAAGAAAUAAUGGAAGAUUUUGAUGUAUUUCGUGAACGUUUACAAAAUCUUAAUUUAUCACAUAAAGAUGAAGAUGAUUUACAAAGAACUAUUUUUCGUCCAUUACAUAUUGAAAGAAUGGAAAAUGUUUCAAUAUUAUUUGCUGAUAUUGUUGGUUUUACUCAUAUGUCAUCAAAUAAAAGUGCAUCACAAUUAGUUUCAUUAUUAUCGGAUUUAUACGGACGAUUUGAUGAUUUAUGUGUUCAAAUGUCAUGUGAAAAAAUAGCAACAUUAGGAGAUUGUUAUUAUUGUGUUAGUGGUUGUCCUGAACCUCGCCAAGAUCAUGCAAAAUCUUGUCUUUUAAUGGGUUUAGCUAUGAUCAAUGCUAUUGAAGAAUUUGAUCAAGAUAAUAAUGAACAAGUUGAUAUGAGAGUUGGUGUUCAUUCGGGUUCAGUUAAUUGUGGCAUUGUUGGUACUAGAAAAUUUAAAUUUGAUAUUUUUUCAAAUGAUGUUACUUUAGCUAAUAAAAUGGAAUCAACUGGAAAACCUGGUUAUGUUCAUAUAACAGAAUCAACUUAUUUAUUAGUUAAAUCAGAUGAAUUUCAAUUUGAAGAAGGUUCAUCAUAUAAAUUAACAGAAAAUGAUGGAAUAAAAACAUAUUUUAUUGGUAAACGACGUUUAACUCAUCGAAUAACUCGAAAACCUCCACAAAUGACAUUAGCAACUGCUGCUGCUUUAGCUGUUGCAUCAGGAGUUUCACUUUCUGUUCCAUUAAAUGAUAAUAAUUAUAUAUCAAAUCAAUCAACACCAUCAAAUGUAUCAAGUCCAUUAUUAGAAGAAGUUGAAAAAGCUCGUCGAGCAACAGUAAGUGAAGAUGAAUUUGGUGAAUGUUUAACAACAAAUAAAAAAGUUGAUGAGAAUUUAAAUGAACUUAAAAUUGAAAAUGAAGAAAAACAAUUAAUUAUGUCAUUAAAUUUGUUAACAUUAAAAUAUAAAGAUGAAAAAUUAGAAAAAUCUUAUAGAAAUAAUAUAAUUAAAUAUGAAUUAAUUAUAAUUGAAAUUGUUUUAUCAAUAAUAACAUAUUUAAUAUUAUUUAUUUAUUUACCAAAACGAAUAUUAUCAUCAAUAAUAAUAUCAAUAUUUAUAUUAAUUCAAUUAAUAUUAACAUUAAUUAUAAUUCGUUAUUAUAAUUUAUUAAUAAAUCUAUCAAUAUUUAUUUAUUUAUUUUCAAUGUAUUAUUUAUUUUCACCAUUUAUAUUAAUAUUAAUUGGAACAAUUGAUGAUUAUAAUAUAACAUUACCUUGUUUAUUUAUAUUUAUUUCAACUUAUUUAGCAUUGUCUAGAUCAAUAUAUUAUUUAAUUAAAAUUUUUUUUGCUUUUAUAUCAAUAUCUAUUUAUGUAACAUUUAUUUUAUAUAAAUAUGAUAUUUCAAGAUCGUUAAUAGUUAAAAUAAUUGUUUGUGUAUUAAUAUCAUUAAUAGUAUUAAAUGGAAUAAAUCGUCAAAUAGAAGUAGCACGUCGUAUUGAAUAUCAUGUUAUUAAUAAAUCAUCUGAACAAAGAAGUGAAAUUGAAAAAGAACGUGAAAGAGCUGAUUGGCUUUUAAGAAAUAUAUUACCUGAACAUGUUAUUGAACCAUUACGUCAAUUAGGUGGUUCAUAUUCUCGUAAUCAUCCAUGUGUUGCUGUUCUUUUUGCAUCAUUAAUUAAUUUUCAUGUUAUGUAUGAAGAACAAUAUGAAGGAGGAAAAUUUUAUGCAAGAAUUUUAAAUGAAUUUUAUGGAGAUAUUGAAGAAUUAUUUCUUGAUCCAAGAUUUUCAAAUAUUGAAAAAAUCAAAACUAUUGGAGCUACAUUUAUGGCUGCUUCGGGAUUACAAACAGAUUCAAAUCAUCUUAAUUCACUCGAAUGUGUUUGUGAUCUUAUUGAAUUUGCAUUAGCAUUUCAACAAACAAUGCAUAGAUUUAAUGAAGCACUUUUAAAUUUUGCAUUUGAGCUUCGAAUGGGUCUCAAUUUUGGACCUGUUACCGCUGGUGUUAUUGGCACAACGAAAUUAUUUUAUGACAUAUGGGGAGAUACUGUUAAUGUUGCUUCAAGAAUGGAUUCAACUGGAAUUAAAGGAGAAAUUCAAGUUCCAGAACAUGUUGCUUUUGCUUUAAAAGAUAAAUAUUUAUUUGAACUUCGUGGAGAAAUUGAUGUUAAAGGAAAAAGUCGAAUGACAACUUAUUUUCUCAAAUCAAAGUUAAAUACAUAA